GAGCCAUCACAAACGGCCAUCCAGCCACAUCAAUCAUUCCAGUCCAGACCGCUAGUUGCCACGACGACAUGGCCAAGGCGCUGGCGCUGGUUGCCCUCCUGCUCGUCGCCUUGGCGCUCGCGGCUGCGCCUACGGAAGCGGUGUGCAACAUGAGCAACGAGCAGUUCAUGUCGUGCCAGCCGGCGGCGGCCAAGACGACGGACCCGGCGCCGAGGCCGUCCGACUCGUGCUGCGCGGCGCUGGCGGGCGCGGACCUCAACUGCCUGUGCUCCUACAAGAACUCGCCGUGGAUGAGCGUCUACAACAUCGACCCCAAGCGCGCCAUGGAGCUGCCAGCCAAGUGCGGCCUCGCCACGCCCGCCAACUGCUAGAUCCAUGCAUGCAUCUCUCCGUCCGGCCAUCCACCGAUCGAUCUGGUAUUUUAUAUGGCUUGGGGUCAUCAGAUCUUGUCACGUACCUUCGUGUUCUUUGUCAUGUACUACGUGUGGGUGUUACAUAUUUGUGGUUUGGACUGCAAGCAUAUGCAUGCGUAACUCUCGUCAGGUACUCGUGUAUGCCGAGCAAGUUGUAUUGCGUGCCAUCUAAAUGUUGAACCGUGUGGUUUUGAUCCUGUAUUAUAUAUGCAUCACUUGUCGGCGAGUGACUUAGUGCAACAA